UGGCUGCCGGGAUACUCGGUAACAGAAUUCCACUGGCCGUUAGCAGUGUGGCAGCUUCGCGUCGCGCACGGUUGUGUUUUGGGGGAAGAAGACGUUUGAUUUAUUUUUUAUUUGAUUCUUUUGUAAAUUUCUCCCCCUGGGAAACUUGGCAGUGGACAUUCAGCGCGUUUUAAAAUCGCGAGGCGAAGGCAGCGGGUUGGGAGAAGCUCGGCGGCCCCCGACACCUUUGAACUUGGCGUUAGCAGCCGCACACAUGCAACAAAUGCCCGGGCGCCUCGGGCUGCACAGAUGGGGCUGUUGAGCUUUCGGGGGACGCCGCAUUUUAAUGUCGAGUAGCCCCGCCGGCUGACGUGUCUUUUUGUUUAAAUUACCCCGGCACGGGAGCCGACAAGUGGCGCUGCGCGUCUCAUGGAUUGAAGCUCCCCCCAAACAAGCCGGCAUGGAGAGCUAGGUGCCGCAGCCCGGCAGGAAAGACCCUCGCCGCUUACAAUAAUAUGACCGGCCCCGGGUCGAACGGCACCCCGAGCACGGCGGCGAGGCUAAGCAAACAUGCGAGGUCCAAGAGCUGCAGCCGCGGGGACCGGGAGAGCGCCUCGGGCAGCUCGGCCAACGGCGCCAGCAGGUCCUCGGGCGAGGAAGACGAGAAAGAUGGAGGAGUGCUCUUCUACGUGAACAGAAGCGGCUUCCCGAUCGACGGCCAGACGUGGGAGAGAAUGUGGCUUCACGUGGCCAGGGUUCACCCCGAAGGCAAGGAGAUGGUGGACCGAAUCCGGCACGCCGCCCACCUGGCGAGGCUGCCUGUGCCAUCAGUGCCAAUCUUCAAGCCAUCCAUGUCAGUUCCAGACUACCUGCACUUGAUACAACAGUACAUGAAGUUGCUGCAAUACAACCACACAGGAACUCAGUUUUUUGAAAUUAGGAAAACGAGACCUCUCAGCGGGUUAAUGGAGACGGCAAGAGAAAUGACCCGGGAGUCUCUGCCCAUUAAAUGCCUGGAGGCGGUGGUUCUCGGAAUAUAUCUGACCAAUGGGCUGACUUCCUUGGAACGAUUUCCAAUCAGCUUCAAAACACAGUUCUCGGGGAACUUCUUUCAUCACGUCGUCCUGGGCGUUUACUGCAAUGGGCGCUAUGGCUCUCUGGGAAUGAGCAGAAGGCCCGACCUCAUGGAUAAGCCCCUCAGCUUUCGGACUCUGAGCGAGUUGAUUUUUGAAUUUGAGGACUCUUAUCAGAAAUACCUUCAUGUUGUCAAGAAAGUGAAAAUUGGACUCUAUGUGCCCCAUGAUCCCCAUGUCUUCCAACCCAUUGAAUGGAAAUAUCUGGUGUUGAACUGCAGCAAGAUGAGUCGGGGAGAGACGCGAAAGGAUUUGGAGAAGCAUGCGCGGGACAUGAGAAUGAAGAUUUUAAAAUCCUCUUCUGCUCAGUCCCCUGUUAAAGAACGGGCGAGAGGAAAAUCCCUGUCACCUCGUCGUGGGCAAGCAAGUCCUCAGAGACGGCAUCUUCAGAAGAGAGACAAAUCGCCUGCAAUGUUGGACAAGAAGCCUGCGGAACUCAGCACUUUGAAUGACGUUGGUUACCAAAUCCGGAUCUAAAGACAGAAACUACAAUCUCUGAUGGUGCUCAUAUUUGCACUUUACAUUUAGGUUGAAUGCCCACUUGCUGAGGAUUGUGUACUUGUGCGUGUCAGGCAGGCCCUGUGCCGUUGAGUGGGACUGAUGGUCCAUUUGGGUUUCUGUACUAGUCCACUUUCUACAGUGCCUAUUGUCCCCAUCAAGCUCUGGACUGAAUGCCUUAUUCAACUCCAGUUUAUAUAAGCAGUUGGAGCAAACAGAUUUUUUUUUUUUUUUUAUGUAACAAAGACAGCACAACACCUUCUUUAUUCUCUAUAAUGUAUCUUGCCUAGCAGUGGCAGAUUUUAAAACGCACCCUCUAGUGUAAUUUACCACUUAACAAAAAAGACACAAUAUGGUCAGAAUACGAAAAUGUAAAAGAACCUACUUUAUCUCCCACAGUCCUUUCAAUCCUCUUUCUCCCCCCGUGUAGACGUAUGAAGUGUUUUCCAUGCUGUCUCAGGAGAACACUCAUAAUGAGCAAACCGCAGGAUAUCUGGCCUAAAUAAAGGGAACACUAGGAGAGUUUAUCUGCAGUAAGUAGUAAAAGACGAUUUUAUUUGCCAGAAUAUGGCAGCUGAUUUAAGAUCCAUCAGCACUACGGGUGCACCAGAUGCAGUUUCACUGAACGCAGCCGUGUCUCUCGAGUCGUUUUAAAUGUGAUAGAAGUACGGCAUCAGACUUUAUCCCGUGUAUUAAUCAGAUCAGCAGUAAAUGUCACUCUGUUGUCGCGGUAGACUUUGUAUUGCAGACGAUGUGUGAACAGGCUAUGGUAGGACACUUUGUUGCCUUUUUGAAAAGCCGAGCCUCCUGGCACUUUAGCAAUAGCCUCAUUUUCAGGGCCACGUUGUUAAAAUGGAGUGCAUAUCCAUGUAUAAUGUCUUUCAGUAUUCACUUCAAAAUCCGGGAUUAAGAUAAUGUAAUGCAACAGAAGGAAAGGUGCGGUAGAUGGCCACCAUUUCUUUUACCAGUCUGAGAUGGUGAAGGCAGUCUUAGCAUGGUUUUGAUUUAAAAAAAAAAAAUGUUUUUGCUUCCUUCAUCUGGUCUUAAGCACUGGGUGUUACAAAGACCAUGAAGGUUUUUUGAUAAUCGGGUGGGAUAGGAUGUGUGGUCGUGGGUGCAUAUUUUUAAAUGUUUAAAAGGAAAAUGCAAUUUUGUAUUUUUAGACUUUUUUUUUUUUUAAAUGAUCAAACCUCAAGACGUUUUCUACUAACUGCUCAAGUCCUUAAUCCGAUUCAGUGCAUGGUGUUGAGGUUUUUGGUGAGGUCUAGUUACAUUUUUUAUGAAAGAGGACAAUGAUUUUAUUUUUUUUUUCUUCCAAUAAUGUAUGUGUGAGUGAGAACUACUCUUAAACAGUGUUGGCAUUUUCCUGGUGCAGCUGUGCUGUAUAAAGGACUGUGAGCGCCACUGGCACCGUAUUGACCCUGCUCUGUAGUAUUGGAACACUAAGAUGCCUGCUGUAUGUGCGCAGCGUGGCCCCCUGCUGGUGUUUCUCACUGCCAAGUAGUUCAUCUUCUCCGUUUUCUUGCUCUGUUUUAGGUGACUUUUGCUCUUUGCCUUUAGAGCAGUUGAGAUGCAAGCCAUGCCAAACCAUGUGAACACUUGUCAUGUGUUCAGAAAUGCAAAUCAUUGUGUGCCGAUGGAAUAGUUUUAAAAGGGAAGCCACACUUGGGAGUGUAUCAUGAUUGCCAGCAUGCUGGAAGGACAUUUCAGAAAAUCUCCCAAGUGUUUUGGGAAAUUUAAUGUUACAUUCUAGAAAGAAAAGUUUGAUACUUCAGUAGUUAUCCAUGUGUUUUAAAUUGAAUUACCAAAGGUAAGUGCAGUUGGUUCAGUGACAUUUUGUUCAGUGUUCAUUAGUGUGUUCAGUACCAGAUAUGGCAUAAGCAGAUUUCAAAUCACGUGAAGUUGCUUAACUGCUCUCAAUUAAGGGUGUUUGUUCAUUAUUGUCGUCAUAUUCUGCGCCAUAUCCGCUUGACCAUUUGCUGCUUUUCAGUGAGGAAUGAUUUGAGUUGCUUUACUGUCAUGUAUUUGACAACAAACCUUGAUGUGUUUCGAUAAACCAAUGCUUUAAAGGAGUAUCUGUUCACCUGCAAUAAAGAGAACCAAACUCCAGGUGUAUUCAGACUAUGAGAGCAGGCCUGAUUCCAGGUGUCAGUGUAGACUUUUUAAAAUGGAGGUCAUCUUCAGAAAACCAAAUUGUGUAUACAGUGUGGUGUGAGGAGAACACAUGCUACACGCACGUAUGCAUUUCUGUAGUAACACAUCCCCAUAUAAAUUAAAUUAAUUUUUUCAGAUUGUAAGAAUAUGUAUUUUCAUUGUUCACCUAAGAUGCUUCAUUUCUGUACACACCUGGCCUAAGGUCUGUCCUCAAGUUGUCUUAGAAUUUUAUGAUGUGCUUUAGACGUUUUUAUAAUUAUGUGCAUUUUUUAUACAGUGAUAAUACAGACCUUUUACAGAGGCACCUCUUUUAAAAACUAUUGUUCUUAUGUCUUUGAAUGACCCGAAGCUAUGCACUGCUAGUAAUGGUUUUUUUUUGUUUUUUUUUUAAUCUGGCAUGGUGUGUUUUAAUAAAGAUGUUUUGAAUACAA